AUGGCCCGCAUCGAACUCAACACUCCGGCGGACGCCAAGGUCAACAGUGAUGCUGAGCACGAGUUGUUGAUUACAAGCCGGGCUGUUACCGCUCACCCGCGUAUGCCGCGCUAUCGUAGCGUAUGCAAGCGCGAUCUGUGCAAGGGUAACAAGUGUGGCCUCGUUCAUCCAGACCAGGUAGAGUUCUAUGGCCAUGAUCUCAGGAACUUGCCGGUCUUUAGGGCGAACAAGCACAAGCGCAGGACUGACAAGGACUGA